UGGUUGCCAAACCGCAAUUUGUUAAGAGCUCGGUUAAUUCUCGAAUGAUUCGUUCCACCACUGAAAAAUCCAGAAUACCGAUGGAAUUUAGACGCAUCUAUAUAUUUAUUAAAGGAAUAUCAUGCUGCAAGUUUGCCCUAGAAUUCACUAUGCAAGGAAUACCAUUUUGUACUGAUGGCAUUGAAGCGGGAAAACCCCAGAUUUUUCAAUUUGGUCUGCCAAUUACCGUUUUACCCUUUUGGUGGAAAGCAUUGGCAUGUGCACACUGCACAAGAGCUGGACGGUUCACACUGCAGAAUUGACAAAUUGCAUUGUCGAAUGCUGAAGGUUUGAAAUGCGGGGUCAUCAUUACAAACCCAUGUGAAUCACUUUCUUCUAUAUAAGUUGACAUUAGGGGUCAUGAUUCAAAGAAAAAAACUCAGUUCACAUGUUUAGUGUCUGCAUCACUACACCGCCCUUGGUCAACCAUUCAUUGAUUGUUGUUCCUGCUUCUUCAUUUCUCUUAAAGCUCUCACUCUCACUCUCACUCAGUUUCCAAAUCACUUCCUCCCCCAACCCAAUAAAAACCUCACGUCUGAAGCAAUCCACCGUAGACUGUCCGCGACCAUUCCGAAUGUCGCCUUCCUUUCAUCCAUCGUAUUUGGGAGAAAAGAAAAAACAAGAUGAAGUUGAUACAUGACUAGAGAACAAGGGCAAUUUGAGGAUCGUGAAUCUGAUAUAAGAGGAAAAUCGAUGGUUCCUUCACCACCAUGACUGGAUUUCAGAAAUGCUUCAUCUCAUGUUAUGUGCUCCGCUUAACACUCUAUUGGUCUUUUGGGCGUUGUCCAGAGUGUUUCAGAAGUUGAAACUGAGGCUUCAAGGAAUACAAAAGAUGCGAAAGCUUUGCAUAUCAUUCAACUAGCAUGUGGACGAGAGAUUGUCGACGAGAUUAGUCAUUUUAAAACAGCCAAAAAUGCCUGGAACCAUUUAAAAUUACAAUAUGGCAAAGAGUUAAAAGCCAAACCAGAUACUGAACAAGCUGUAUCGGACGAUAGUCUUGGUCAACAACAUAAAGAGCUAUUCCGAAGUGUUGAAAAAGGUGAUUAUAUUGGAAAUGCUAUUAUGGAUUCAGAUGUAUGUAUGAUCUCGGCAUCAGGUAGGACGCUUCUUCACGUUGCAGUAAUUGCUGGAAAUUUGGAAAAUGUGGAAAAGUUGGUGAAAGUAGGGAAAGACACGUUAAUAUGCAUGAAAGACCAACAUGGUUACACAGCUCUUGCUCUUGUUGCUCGUUAUACUGGAAACACUGAUAUGGCAAAGUGCAUGGUAGAGACAAAAAAUGGGUUCCGUAAAAGGUUGCUAGAAAUACAGAACAAGGAAAAUGUAAUCCCAAUUCUUAUAGCUGCAGCUAAUGGACACAAAGAACUCACUAUCUAUCUUUACUCUAAAACUCCCUCCACAGUGUUCGACGGAGACGAUUCACAAAAUCGUGUUUUGCUCCUUUCACUAUGUAUCACUGCUGAAAUAUUUGAUGUGGCUUUGAAAUUACUCAAGCGUUACAAAGAGCUGCCCAAGGAGUCGUUAUCAUUAUAUAAAUUCUCCGUCCCAAAGUCGUUAAGGGGAUCAUUAUCAUUACCUAGCAAUGAGAGUCACCAACAAUCCUUAUCUGAUAAAUUCUCAGCUUUGGUUGCAUUGGCUAAAAUGCCUUCAGCUUUCCCAAGUGGCAUCCGAUUCAGUCGUCGAGAACAAUUCAUUUAUGAUAUUUUGUGCGUAGAAAGCAAAUUUCGACACAACCAUGACUUUCCUGACAUCGCAAACUUCGUCAGAAAGGUAACACGUAUUCCAGUUGAUGAAAGACCACAAAAGACUUCUUUCGUAUGUCAGCAUGGCUUUGACAGACGUGUUUUGAAUUGUCUACUCUUUGUAAUGCUUUCGGUUUGGCACUUCUGCAAACAGCUGGUUUCGAUAUUUCUCGUUUGGCCUGUAAAGCUUCUGGGUCUACUACUUCAUUGGAUUAUUCAUAGAAUUGCAUACUUGUUCAUUCGGUGUUUCAAUUGCCUAAAUAUCUUUGGAGUCAGAAGAAUAUAUGAGCUGAAAUAUACCCAUUAUGAAGUUAUAGGAAUAUUGGGUUACUUCUGCCAAAGUAUUGGAGAAUUUAGUAGUCGAGAACUCGAAGAUGCUUUGGCAUAUGAAGGCAUGUUGCAUGGAGCACAACACGGAAUAAUCGAGUUCAUAAAUGCUAUGAAGGAGGCUAAUCUUGGUUUGCUUUCGGCUAUUGAUAGUUGCAAUAGAGGCAUAUUUUCUUAUGCAAUUCUGAAUCGUAAAGAAAAUGUGUUUCAACUCAUACACUGUCUUAAUGGACGGAGUGAGAUAUUUAGAAAUCGUAUAGACAAGUUUGACAAUAACUUGUUGCACCUGGCAGCACACUUAGGUCCGUCAUCUGAUCUUGAUAGUAGAUCUGGUGCUGCUCUUCAAAUGCAAAGAGAAAUUCAAUGGUUUAAGGCAGUGGAGAAAGUUGUACAUCCCAAGUUUAAAGAGGCCAAAAAUGGUGAUGGUAAAAAGCCUUUUGAAAUAUUCACCGAAAACCACGAUGAACUAAUGAAACUUGGAGAGAAAUGGGCAAAAGAGACAGCAACAUCUUUCACAAUUGUAGGUACUCUUAUCACUACCGUCAUGUUUGCCGCAGCAUUUACAGUCCCGGGCGGAAACAAUCAAGAUACCGGUUUGCCCAUCUUCUUGAAUGACAGCGUAUUCACUACAUUUCUCAUGGCAGACGCAUUAUCUCUCUUCACAUCGGCCACUUCUGUGUUGAUUUUCAUAGGAAUUCUAACAUCUCGUUAUGCUGAGAAAGACUUCCUCAAGAGCUUGCCUUGGAAGUUAUUGUUUGCUCUUUCGUUCCUUUUUCUCUCUGUUUGUUCCAUGAUAGUUGCAUUUUGCGCUGCCAUUGCCAUGAUCUUAAAGGGAUAUCGAACUUAUAAGUGGUUCAUUGUCGGACCAACUAUGUCACUCGGGAGUAUUCCUAUUAUGGUUCUCGUACUAUCGCAGUUGCGCCUCAUGAAUGAAAUCCUCCGGUCAACUUGGAAAAAUACUAUCGGUAAUGUAAAACUCUGACAACACUAGUAUGUUGCUUCAAAGUAUUUAUGCUUCCUUCAACAAAGAAAAUUACUCAGGAGAAUAAUUGUGGUUCUAGCAAUUAGAGAAAAUAUCGGUCUUUCCUUCUACUACUUCAUGAAUCGGUAAUUUUUCAUUUAGAGAAAGAUUAAUCAAAUAUUGUAUAUGUACCUCUCAUUGUCAAUUCCCCUUGCUAUUUAAGUUUAUUUGAAACCUAAUUACUAAGAGAU